GUCGUUAGGAAAUGAAAGUAUAUUAACCCGAGCGCCAUGAGGUGUUUAUCAUGUCUCACAGGUUGCUGAUAGCUAAUUCAGAGCUCCUGGGGACAGAAUCAGGCGUAUAUUCCUGCUAGACUUUCAUCAACAGUGGCAUGGCAGGCAUGCGUGUCCAAAUGACACGGGCUAAUAGCCUGGAAUCUCCUGUCUGUCCAAGUUAUAUGACAAGGAAGGCAGCAGGCUCAUUGUCAAAGACCAUGUCAAGGAGAAGGCUGCCUCCCUUGCCUUCCUGCGAAAUAUUGCGAACAUACAAACUGCGGGCUCGUAAACAGCUCUCACAGAACUUUCUGCUGGACAUGAACCUAUGUCACAAGCUUGUGCAUGUUUGUGAAGUUGGACCUGGUCCAGGGGGGAUAACUAGGGCUCUCCUAAACACCGACCUCAGUAGUCUCUCUGUCAUUGAGCUGGAUCGCAGGUUUAUACCAGGCCUGGAGAUGCUGGCCUCCUGUUCUGAUGGACGACUACAGGUUCACCAAGGAAAUGUUCUCAACUGACUUCAGUCAUUUCUCCCCAGUCAUGUGCUUCUUCCGUGGGAAGAUCGUCUUCCCAAGAUCCACCUGAUUGGCAACUUGCCAUUCAACGUGUCUACGCCGUUGAUUAUCAAGUGGCUACGCGCCAUCUCGGAGAGAUCAGGCCCAUGGCGAUAUGGCCGCACGCCGUUAACACUGACAUUUCAGAAAGAGGUUGGUGAGAGAAUGAUUGCGGGGGUGAACACAGAACAAAGAAGCCGCCUUUCCAUUAUGUGCCAGUAUCUUUGUGACGUUCAGCUCAAGUUUAUAAUCCCAGGUUCUGCGUUUAUCCCUCCUCCCAAAGUGGACGUAGCAGUGGUCAGGGUCGUUCCUCUACAACAACCCAAAAUUGACCUCCCAUUUGACAUCGUUGAGAAGGUUGUACGACAUGUUUUCCAUUAUCGCCAGAAAAGAUGCUGGAGGGGAGUGGAGACCUUGUUUCCACAACUCACUCACACCUGGUGUCUCAGACUUUUGAACGUUCUUUAAUAUCACCAGAUGUCCAGUCCUACAAACUCACCAUGAAGGACUUUGAAAUCUUGUGUAGGACUUACCAGGACAUUAUUCAAUCUAACCCUGAAGUGAAGGACUUUGACUACAGAUCUAAGGAAGGUCUGAAAUUGUGGCGGCA